CGGCUGCUCUCUUUUCCGUACCUCGUAGUACGUAUCUCGUUUUUCGAGCACACCGUCGAAUCCUUUGGUGUGUGGACGCGCGUUUUCUCUGUUGAACGGUGCGUCUGUGAGACUGGGAUGUACACGUACCGGUCGCCAGAGGGGGAUGCUCGCGGCGCGUGUGUGUGUGCCAGUGAGCCUCCAGCAUUCGAGCGAGUGUUUACAUCGUGCGUGUAACCUACCGAGGAGGGCAACCGUUGCUCGGGAACCAGUACUUACUACUUACGUUUUAGAACGCAUUCGAAAAACACGACACAUUGACAACCUAGUUCACGGAAAGUAGCGCCGAGCAGCAUCCCGGUCGACGCGACGGUUGAGCGUGAAAUUUUCGAAAAGCAACGCGAUCGAACGAAACGAGGAUGCGUUUGUCCGUUACGAUCGAACGAACGGACCCGCUUCGAGCGUAAAAAUGAGUCAUCGGAAGAUUCGUCGUUCGCCGGUACAGUUUUCCUCCGAUCGUCGUUCGAGAGUUUCGGUAAUUCGUCGAUGGACUGUUGUGCUAUAAUCGAGUAACCCGUGAACACGUGACACGUCUGCUUGCCGCCAUGGCCACGAGAAGAUAAGGAAGAACGAACGCAUCUGUGAGAAUGGAAUUUGCAGGUUAUAAAGGCAGCGGUCCCCGUGUUAGGGUGCGACGACGCGCGGAAUUAGGUAGACGGCUCACCAGGAGGCUAUCCCUGGUCGCGAAAAUGCCAGCUGCCAUUCUUAACAGAGCGAAUCCACCCGAGCCAAGGCCAGUGGAGAUCACGGCGAUCGCACCUGACAAGACGCAGCUCACCCUGUUUGGCGCGUCUCCCGGCGCUGUUUCGACGGUGGUUGCUCCCGUGCUUCUAAAAUAUCGAGUCUGCAGGCCCAGACUGUUGCUCGCCGGUUCCAGGGCCGAGGUCGAUCCAGCCGCUGACGUGGGACUCUUGCACGGCGAAGUUUUGCUCAUCGAGGACUCCGCCAGACAGUACGAUCCGAUCGGAGACAUGGAUCGCAGGUACAGAGCCACGGAGAAGCUCUUGCACGCGGAAGAAGAGUAUUACGAGGCUCUGUGUAGUGCCAAAGAAUUGUACGCGCGACCAUUAACACGAAACUACCCCAAAUUUCACGAUGUCAUUUUCCAACCGAUCGCGGAACUAUCGGUGGUUACUUUCGAACACUGCCAGAGGAUCCGCAGGGCACUGAAGAAUUGGGACGGCGGUACCUUCCAAUCGGGUGACUUAUUCCCCGGCUCGUUUUGGAACUCUUACUGGGAAUACUUGGAGAGUUACAGCGAGGCCAGGAGGACUCUGGACGAGUUGAGAGCAUCGGAGGACCCCCUACUGCACUUCCUUAGUCUUAGGCAAGCCGCGGCCAGGCAUUCCCCGUCCACGUUGCUUCUUCUACCGGUCCAGAGGCUGGCCGAGUACGAGAGGUAUCUGGGCCAGGAAGCGAGAAAUUUAGUGGAGAACGGAAACGGAACCGUCGGUAGCGGCGCCGUUCUCCAGCGCGGUCAGCUCGAGGGCGAUCUUCAUCGGAUCCAAGAACUGUUCCCUGGCGAUAAUCUUCGACUACACGAACGAGAUGUUCUCACCACGAAAAUGAAGAGUUUGAUCCGCAAGAGAAAUGGCGGGACCCCCGGACGACUGACCAGAGUGUUAUCGCAAAAGUCGUUGAACGUACCCAGCAAUUCACCAGCCCCUAAAUCUCCACCGAGGACUUUCCUUUUAGAAACUCCAGUACAAUUCACCACGGGCGUUCAGUCUCAGGAAAGACAUCUUUUCCUGUUCUCCGAUCUGUUGCUGAUAGCAAAGGCGCGAAGCGGGGGUAAUUUCAAGUUGAAACAAUCCGUGAGGAUGAGUGAACUCUGGCUGACGGCUGGUCACAUAGAGGACGUGGCCGAGACGAGCAAAUCUCAGGAAACCAGCUUUGUUCUCGGCUGGCCCACCACAAACGUCGUCGCCACUUUCAUGACUGCUGCAGCCAGGGAUCUCUGGUGGGGACGUCUGACCGAGCUGGUACGAGUGGAGAGUAUGAAGGAGCCACCGGAUACGAACAUUCAAGUCGUGUAUCACGACAGUGACACGAACGCGGAAUGCUGCAAGACGAUAAUGGUGGGAUCGAAAAUGACGGCAGCAGCCUGCGUAAAUCUGGCCACGCAUCUGCUGGACCUCCAGGGACCGUUUCAGCUGUGGGCCAGAACGUCCGCGGACGAGGCGCCUUAUCCUCUGAUAGGUCACGAAAGACCUUUCGCCGUGAAGCUCUCGAAUCUGCGGCAUACCUUGUCCGCGGACGAGGGUUUCGACUUGGAGCACUGCAACAAGAGCGGCCACGACACCUGCCACUUUAUCCUCCGGCCCGUGCCCAAGUCGCCGGUGAAAAAGAACAAAUCAAAGAUCACCGGAUUAUUGAGGAGAUCUCUGUCGCUGAAUCCGAGCUUGUUCGGCGUUAAUUUGUCCAGGCUCGACGAGAACGGACUCCCGAAGCCCGUGCUGGUGAUGCUGCAGCAGCUGUUUGCCAAAGGUCCGUUCACGCAAGGGAUCUUUCGAAAGUCGGCGAACGUCAGAAUUGUCCGCGAGUUGCGAGAUCAGAUCGAAUCCACGGGCGAUCCGAGUUGCCUCGAGGACGCGCCGAUCAUAGCGGUGGCAGCCUUGCUCAAAGAUUUCUUGCGGUUUUUACCGGAUCCUUUGCUAACCUCUCAUCUCUUUCCUCUCUGGAUGGAUAGCUUGGACACGCCAAAUCCUAUUCAAACUAUUAAAAAUAUUUUAGAUAAAUUGCCCAAAGCGAAUUACACUCUGUUGUCGCAUCUGAUAUGCGUCCUGCAUCACGUGGCGCGGCGGUCGAAACACAAUCUGAUGUGCGCCAGUAAUCUCGGUGUCUGUUGCGGGCCCAGCUUACUUUGGUCCCCGAAUCCUUCGGUAAAUCAGAGCAGGUCGAUUCCCACGCUGACGGAGAUGCUGAUCCGUCACUGCGAAGUUCUCUUCGGCGAGGGCGUCACGCAGCUCCUCGGGGAAGAGCGCAGCGACAGCGGAGCCGAAGAGAGUACCGAUAGCCUUCACUCAGGUGGGCUUUCCCUGGACAGCCUGGACCUGACGGAACCACCGCGAAAAGAUCACAUGUCUCUCUCGAGAGACUCUGGGUUAACCCUGUCAGAUUGUCAACUGUUCAUUCCAGAAUCGCCGGUGGGAUCCGAGGAUUCUGCCGUGAACGCCUCGUCGUCGAGUUUCGAUAAGUCUCUCGGCAAGGAGGACAAGUCCAGCAACAAAUCGUACACCCGCGUAUACGGUGGAUGGGAGGAUAGAAUAAACGGCUAUACCGCGAACAAUCAUCACUCGAGCGGCAUGGAGCACGGCGGUUUUAGAGAGGAGAAGAGCAGCAUCGGUUAUCCGAAUCCGAAUUUUCAAAGGCAGGACUGGCUGAGAGCUCAGUUAAAGAGAACACCGCGAACGAAGCUCGACGAGCACGACCACCACCGCAAGGAGAGGUUCGACGAGAAGGACAUAUACGGCAGGGAGUAUCUUCGGCAAGAUUCGAUGAAGGAGAACGUGGAGAACUGCAAGGACAUUUACAGAACGUCGCAGUUGGAUAUAACGCACGACCUCAGAUCGGAGUACGAAAGAUCGUCGCAGCAGGAGAUCUGCACGGAGCGAGUCUCGGUCCACAAUUCGGAGCAGGAUUUGUCAGAGGACGCGUCGUUGUCCGGCGACAGAUACGAGUUCAAGAAGGAUCGGUUCAACGAGUUCAAGAAGGUAAAGUCGGAACUGUACGUGAAUCGCGACUCGCCCGUUUCGCAGAACGGUAGCUACCAUUCGAGCAGCGAUCUCUACGAGUUCAAGAAGGUGAAGAGCGAGAUAUACGAGAACAAAGAGAGCACGCGUACCGAGAGAUACGAAUCCGAGAGCAACAUAUACGGAAACAGGGAGAGACGAAGCGAGAUAUACGAGUCGAGGGAAAGAAACGAUCUGUACUCGUUCAAGCAAGCCGAGGCGAUCGAUUUGUACGGCGACGAGGACGAGGAGGAGGAGAGAACGUGGCCGGACACGCCGCCGCCUUUACCGCCGAGACUGAGGCAUCUGCCGCCGGUGCACAUGAAUCUGGAGGACAGGCACAAAGUGGCCGGAAGGUCGAGGUCGCUUCCGCCGCCGCCUCCUUAUCGGCCGCCGCCUCAACCCCGUGCCUCGGUUACCGCGAGACAUUUGGGUUACGGGAGAUCCGUCGUCGACGACGAGAGCUACGUUUGAGACGAGGAGAGCCAGAGACGCUGCCCGUUUGCGCGCACUUACGACAGAAUCAAAGUGCCGGGAGUCGCUGGCCGAGACCACGGAUAUACGCGUUACUCGGUGUAAACGUGAUCUCGUUAUGACAGAAACUAGUCCAAACUGGAACGCACGUACGAUAUUUCGAGACGGCAGGCGAUCUAAUCAACGUUGUCAUAGAACGAACAGGGAAGGGUUGUUUCGUUGAUCUAACAAAAUUGGUACGGUGGAUGGAGAGAUCGUACACAAAGGCGUCACGCCGUAUCACGCCGAAACAAAGUCAAUAACCGUGCGCUAUCGAUUCUUGACGAUUCUUAGCGAUAUUACUACUGUGUUACGCAGUGAUUCAGGGUGCUUCCACGAGCCUUAACCGUAAGGUUUCUUUCUUAAUUAGACGUUCGUUAUAAAGAUGUUAUAUUAGUAAGUAUAGACUGUAGCGGACAAGACUUGCGUCGAGAUGAUAUUAUUCGUAAUUAUACGCGAAUCGAAAUAGUUGUAAAAAAUAUAUAUACACGUGUGUGUACAAGCAAAUGUAUCGAACCGUGUGUGUCGUUGUUGAAAGGAUAAACAAGCGUUUCCUGCCCUUUAAAGUCUUGGAAAACUUUUAGAUUCGUGGAACGUACGCCGCUAAAAUGAAAUAUAAAUUUUUAUCGCAGCAUCGAGAGAGGAGAUACUCGUUUUCCAUUCGAUCAUCUUUAAAUACGUUCGUGUAGCCGAUACGCACACCUUAAAAAUGUUUCGUGAGUUCUAGAUUGUUCGUGUACUCGUUUUGAACCAACGAAACAGCACCAACUUAUCACCGUGUCGCGUUUUAUCGGGUUUUCUCUUGCAAUAUAUGUACAUUCGCGUCUUACUCGCUCUUUUUAAUCUUCUCUUACCCGAAAUUGAUUUACCCGGGGAAUGAACAUGACAAUUCAUAACUCUUUUCUCUCUCUCUUUGUGUGUGUACGCGUGUGUGCGUGCGUAAUUGUGUGCGUGUAAGAGAAAAUUGUAAUUAUCACUCUUCGUUUCAUCCUUUUCUUUUUAAAAAAUUUAGAUCGUGCAAAUCGUAGAGUGCUUCGUACUGCAUUUGCAAGCGCGAUUAUCUUAAGGCAAUAAGAUAUACACCAGAAGUUGUCGGAAGCAUUUUAAUCACAUCCAAACAUUUUUCGUUCUUUGUAAAUAUACUUAUUUGUAAAACUUGUAAUCUUUUAUAUCGCUAAAUGUAUUACACGAUACACGCUCUAUGCAACGCCUGUAAGGUAUGUAUACUUUAUCUAAA